GGAACACCCUCGAAUUGUUUUGGGAUCGCUGAUGUUAUGCCGUUGGGAUCAUGGCUCCUUUUGGAAGGAAUUUAUUAAAAACCCGGCAUAAAAACAGAUCUCCCAGCAAGGACAUGGCAUCAAAUGAAAGAGAGAUUGUGGUUUGGGUUUGCCAGGAGGAGAAGAUUGUAUGUGGCCUGACAAAGCGCACAACUUGCUCAGAGGUGAUUCAAGCACUGCUUGAGGAACAUCAGACAACAUUUGGAGAGAAAAAGGUCCUUUUUGGAAAACCUAGUGAUUACUGCAUUGUAGAAAAAUGGAGAGGCUCGGAGCGAGUACUGCCUCCCUUGACAAAGAUUCUGAGACUUUGGAAGGCCUGGGGGGAAGAGCAGGCUAAUUUGCAUUUUGUAUUGGUAAAGUCAGAUGCUUUCCUCUCGUUUCCAUUGUGGAAGACAGCUGAAGCCAAGGUAGUACAAAAUGUAGAAAAGCAGUGGGACCUCAGUCCAGCAAACUACAUGAAGAUGUUGCCAAUAGACAAGCAAAAGAAAAUUGUGAGGAAGACUUUCCGGAAACUGGCCAAGCUUAAGCAGGACAGUGUUCAGCAAGAGAGAGAUAAUAUGGAGACACUGAUUCAUCUGAUCAUUUCUCAAGAUCAUACCAUUCAUCAACAAGUCCUUAGAAUGAAGGAACUAGAUAUGGAAAUUGAAAAAUGUGAAGCAAAAUUCCAUCUAGAUCGUGUGGCAAAUGAUGGAGAAAAUUAUGUGCAGGACUCGUAUUUAAUGAUCAAUACAAGUGAGACUGAGCAGCAGGGGAGUAGGCCAGAUGAUCAAAAAGAGAUGCAUGACUAUUUGAGCAAAAGUGAGGGAAUUUUACAGGUUGAAGAGAGACUGAAACACCACAAACAAUUAAUAGAGAACCUGUGUGCUGAAAUUGAAAGAGAAGUACAUGGUAUAUGCAUGGAAAAAAAUGGAGAGUCUGUUCGCACAGAAGGAGCAGCUAAUGCUGAACUGGAAACCUCAGAUUUGGAAAGUGUAAAAUACGAGCUGGAAAAAAGUAUGAAAGAUGGUCUGAGAAUCAACUCAUACCUGAGCUGCAUUCAGAAAGAACUUACAUACAGGGACUCGCUGCUUCAAAAGAAGGAAAAAGAAUAUGAACUUCUUACAGAAGAAUUUAAUUUACUACAUGUUAAGGACAACAUUGAAACUAGGCUUCAUUUAAAUGAAGAGCCAUCCAAGGGCAGUGGCAUCUCCAGUAACAGCAUUGCUGUUCCUGACUUUGUUCAUAGACUGACUAAUCUGGACAUAAACGAUACAGACUCUGACACUGGAAUCAGCUCCACACACAGUCAGGACUCUGAAAUAACUGCAGGGGACAUGGUACUGUUGUCAACAUAGUUGAAAACAGUUACGCAUUUUUUAAAAUUUUAUUUUGGAGGAUAUUUAUAAGAAUUAGUAAACCUGUUGUCUUGAAAGUUAAGCUCUUC